AUGAAGAUGUCAGUAACCCUCCGUCAACAUUUUUGGAAGACGAAGCUGUGCCCCCUUCAUAUGGAAAACAGGUGUAAGGAAGGAAGUAACUGUGACUAUGCCCAUUCGAUUGAAGAUUUGCGAUCAAUUCCAGAUUUGAAAAGAACCAAGUUAUGUUACAAACUGCUAAAAGGAGAAAAAUGUUUUAAUAAAAAAUGUAAUUAUGCCCAUAACCAGGAGGAACUAAAAUCUGCGCAGAAUUUAUUUGCGUACAAAUCUUCUAUGUGUAAAUUUGUUGCCAAUAAGACUUGUCUCAACGGAUCCACGUGUCGUUUUGCUCACAGCAUUGAUGAAUUGAGGGUGCCAAGAAUACCAGAAAUUUUGCUAGAAAAAACAAAUGCGGAAAGAUCAGAAGGAGUGGACGGAGAAAGCAACCUCUUGCUGUUCGAAAAUGGAGGCAAUAUUAUAUGUGAAGGCAGCGGUGAUAUGAACUACACAGGGAAAGACAAUGCGGGGUGUGGUGGCAUGGAAAAUAACUUCCCUAACAGCUUGGAAAAUAGUUUGUCAAAGAACAUGGCCAGGAGCUUCCACAAAAAUGGUGGCAGAAAUGGUAACAAGAAUGGAAACAGGAAUAGCCACCAGAAUGGCAACAAAAAUUUCACCCAAAGCUUCGACUUGAUGCUGAGCAAUUUCAACUCGAUGCAGAUAACGCAGAAUGAACACAGGUAUAAUAACACGAAUGGCGGCUUAGGCCAGAACAGAAAUAACGGAGCAAAUUAUCACAGAGAGGAAAGGAAAAGACGCGAUAGAAACAGAAAUAGGAAUAAAGAAAAGCAGUUAAAAUUAAAACUGAAGAAUUCAAAUUAUGUAAAGAAUUACGAACAGGACAGUACUAACAAUAAUAAAGCAGUGAUUAAUAGCUUUGGUUCGUCUUGCAAUAAAAAAAAGUACGCCGAGGAGAGAGACAAAUUUUACGACAGCAACACAACCAUAUCGUCAAGUUUGAACUGCGCAGAGGAGGGAAAGAAUGACCAAAUGAAUACUGAGGCCUGUGUGAGUAACACGUUUGAGAAGGUUGAUAUGAAUGAGUGCUAUGUGAAAACGGAGGAGAGUAUCGGGGGCGGUUCAGGCGGGCAGGAGGAGAAGGACGCAGACGGGGGUGAUAUUGAAAAUGCGGCCAGAAGCGAAGCCAGAAGCGCAGUGGAGGGUAGUGUCGAAGGUGCAGGCGGAAAAGCAGAGGGUGACGCUGAGCGCGGCGGACAAACCAGCACGGAAACACUUAUUCAACCGAGCGAUAACAAAAGCAAAGUUAAAAGGAAAAAUGACCCCAAGAGUCACCCUGUGCAGAAAAAUGACCCCAAGAGUCCCCUUGUACAGAAAAAUCACCUCAAUUGCGACAUCACCAGUGGCAGCGCAGAACUCCAGACCAACAAUCAGCACAUAAUGAAUGGCCAAACGACUGAAGCAAAUUAUAUGAACUACAACUACGACUAUAACAAUUAUGUAAACCCGGUAGUUUAUAACAAAAUGAUGCAAAUGAAGUACAAUGCAUAUAACCCCUAUUUUAAUUAUAACCAAGCAAAUAAUAAUGCAUGCAAAUAUGAUGCUGGUGCCAUGUCUAGUCCUUACCCACCUUUUGCCAAGCCGAAUGAAUUUUUUAUGUACGAUCAUCAAAAUAAUGUGCCCCAUAUGACACCAAAUUAUUAUGGCAAUUGUUUAUAUUUUUACGCAAAUCCAUAUAGUUAUGGGCAGUGUGCUAUGAUGAAUAAAAUGAAGGGUGGCGAUAACGGGGCUCGGGAAAAUUUCAGCUACGGAGCAGAUCAGGCGAAGGGCAAUGUUAAUGGUACGGGAGAACUAGUCGGAUUUAGCGGCGGUGAUGACAACCAUGUAAUAGCGAAGAUGCAGGGGGAGCAGAACGACCCAGAGGAGGUGACCUCAUCGGAGGAGCUAACCCCAUCGGAGGACGUGCCAAACGAUGAGGAGUCCCUAAAUGAUAGGCAGAAUGCCAAACACGAGGUAAGCAGCGGCGGCGAGGAAGAAGCUUCAGAUGAAGCAGAUCCGCUAAACGGACAGCAGGAAGGGACUACCGAUGGAGAAAAUACACAACCAGACGAAAGCAAGCUCGGGAAAAUAAAUAAACAUAAGGGACACACACAGAAGUGUAGCGUUACAGAAUUGAAAGCAAAAAGGGAGCAACAACAGGUACAUAUGAACACGCGCUUACGAAAUGAUUGUAGUAAAAAAAGUAACAACUCCUUGGUGGGAACAAACGCAUGGAACAAAUGUCCAAGUGGGAAUGUCACAGAAGAACGAAUGAAGCAGGCAAAGGGAAACACCAAGCAGAAGAAAAAAAAAUUAUCAAAAUUGCUUUCGCUAAACAGUGCAAACAAGAGCUGCAGUAGAGACGUGUGCGUAGAGAAUGAGAACACCGUUGGGGAAAACACAAAGGGAAGCAACAAACACAUCGACAGCGCGAUGUAUGGUAGCAGUGGAAAUUGUGGGAAUGGGCCUAAUGUUAUCAAAUACCCUAAAAAUGCACAGCUUCAAUAUAAUGGUCAGGUGAAUCCCUCUUCCGUGUACAGCUACAUAUUACACGCAAACAAUACAGAGAGUGCAAAUUGCGAGAAGAGGUUUGUGAAGCCGCCCCCAAAUGACAUGGAUCUGUAUAUGAACAACCACUACCACAUGAACCAGCUGGCUAACGAGCAGAUGAUGUACAAUUUAAGCGGUCGGAACUAUGGUUACUAUUACUACCCCUAUGUGCCGCCCGUCGCCGCCUACACUGAUGAGGUCUACUUGAAUUAG